AUACCAGUUGCCACUUUAUCCCAUCUUCACUUCUCGGACAUUGACCAUGCAGCUGUUCGCUCGUUCCCCUGCUGGCGUGCGCGUGCAGCAGCAUGCGCAGCGCAAGUCGGCCAAGGUGGCCGGCCGCGGCCGCCUGAACGUCCGUGCGGAGGCCAUUGCCAUGCCCCCUGCCCCCGCUGAGCAGGAGAAGGAGCUGCAGCGACUGGAGAAGGGCAACGCUUUCGAGGAGCUCAAGGCGAUGGCGACGUCGCCUCGCCAGUCCGUGAACCGCCCCCAGAAGGCCGAGGACCUGACCUUCCGCCAGGCGCCCACCAUUGCCGACUGCUUCCCGGACAGCGAGAAGAUGUACAAGGAGGUCAAGUACGACGACGAGAUCACUCUGCGGGUUCCCUUCCGCCGUAUCCACCUGACCACCGGCACUGACUUCGACGUGUACGACACCAGCGGACCCCAGAACGUGGACCCCCGCGUAGGCCUGCCCAAGCUGCGCAAGCCCUGGGUGGAGCGGCGCGAGGCCAACGGCACACACGCCCGGGCCGGCGUGACCCAGAUGGCGCUGGCCCGCGCCGGCAUCAUCAGCGAGGAGAUGCGCUUCGCGGCGGAGCGCGAGGGCCUGGACCCCGAGUUUGUGCGCUCCGAGCUGGCGCGCGGCCGCGCCAUCAUCCCCGCCAACAAGUGCCACCUCGAGCUGGAGCCCUGCGUCAUUGGCCGUAACUUCAUGACUAAGGUCAACUCCAACUUCGGCAACUCGGCCGUCACCAGCUCCAUUGAGGAGGAGGUUGAGAAGCUGCAGUGGAGCACCAUCUGGGGCGCCGACACGGUGAUGGACCUGUCGACCGGCCACAACAUCUUUGAGACGCGCGAGUGGGUCAUGCGCAACAGCCCCGUGCCCGUGGGCACUGUGCCCAUCUACGAGGCCCUGGAGCGCGCCGAUGGCCAGGUGGAGGGCAUCACGUGGGAGCUGUUCCGCCAGGUGCUGCUGGACCAGGCCGAACAGGGUGUGGACUACUGGACCAUCCACGCGGGUGUGCUGCUGCGUCACGUGCCGCUGACCGCCAACCGCAUCACCGGCAUUGUCAGCCGCGGCGGCUCCAUCCACGCCAAGCUGUGCCUCAUGGAGCACAAGGAGAACUUUGCUUACGAGCACUGGGACGAGAUUCUGGACAUCUGCGCCAAGUACGACAUCACUCUGUCGAUCGGCGACGGCCUGCGCCCCGGCUGCAUCGCCGACGCCAACGACGCCGCGCAGUUCGCCGAGCUCAAGACGCAGGGCGAACUCACGCGCCGCGCCUGGGAGAAGAACGUGCAGGUGAUGAACGAGGGCCCGGGCCACGUGCCGCUGAACAAGAUCCCCGAGAACAUGGCCAAGCAGCUGGAGUGGUGCAGCGAGGCGCCCUUCUACACGCUGGGCCCGCUCACCACCGACAUCGCGCCCGGCUACGACCACAUCACCAGCGCCAUCGGCGCCGCCACCAUCGGCGCGCUGGGCACUGCGCUGCUGUGCUACGUGACGCCCAAGGAGCACCUGGGCCUGCCCAACCGCGAUGACGUCAAGGCGGGUGUGAUUGCCUACAAGAUCGCCGCCCACGCCGCCGACCUGGCCAAGGGCCACCCCGCCGCCGCCAGCUGGGACCUGGAGCUGAGCAAGGCGCGGUUUGAGUUCCGCUGGCGCGACCAGUUCGCGCUGUCGUUGGACCCCGUGACCGCGCAGGCCUACCACGACGCCACGCUGCCGCAGGAGCCUGCCAAGACCGCCCACUUCUGCUCCAUGUGCGGCCCCAAGUUCUGCUCCAUGAACAUUACCCAGGAGCUGCGCCAGAUGGUUCAGGCCGAGCAGGCGCAGGAGGCUGCCGCCGCCGCUGCUGCGGCUGAUGACGCCGACCUGCUGGCCGCCGCCGCUGAGGGCAUGAAGGAGAUGAGCGAGAAGUUCAAGCAGAGCGGCGCCCAGCUGUACCACUAGGCUGCAGUCGUAGGCCGGGUAGAUGGCGGCUGGCGACUGGCUGGGUGGAUACUCACGUAAAAGUCCACGGAUGCGUCGGUGUUUGUGUGUGUAUCGCUGAAAGGCAGCGGGCCUGAGCUUGGCAGCGAUGCAAGGAACAGUUGUUGCUCAACAGGCGUUGGCGCGCUAGAAGCGCUGCGAGUUGUUGAUGACGGGGCCUCGCAGCCGCAGCUGGGUGGCGACGGCGACUGAUGCGGGGGUCCGAGGCGGGGGUCGGGGUUGUCAGCCCGGGCCCGCCGGUUUGGCAUGGCGUUGGCACGCAAGUUGCUGCCCCGGUGACUGCGGCAUGCGGUGAAUAAGCGUUUGGGAGGCCGCGGCGUUGGUGGUUGCAGUGGUUGAGCGUGGUUCCAGGGGUUGAAAGCUUGGAAGUCUGCGAGCUGGAUAAAAAGGCUGCACAAUGGAGCCGCUGAUUGGGGCUGAACUCAGUGCUUGCGUGUCUUGGAGGUCGGCGUGUGCUUACAAGUGACAUGUGCGCUGGCACAGGCCUCAGAAUGGCCGGGAUCAAGGAUGCGGAUUACAAUUGAAGGGACAGCCCGACAAGCGGGGGCACGCCGUACCCACGCCGCGAAGGGCCAUCUGCGACCCAGAGAAACAACACCCGCCCCCUGGUUGGCUGCCGACCUUCAUAGUGUUACGCACAUGAGUCGAAGCCAAGCCGAAGCCCGCCAAAGCCCCACCGCCACGUAACACCCCUCAUCUCGUUUAGGUCUUUUGGCGGCAGCACCAACGCACAACAAGGCGCGACUGGCCAGAGGUCUGCCGACAUCCCCAUCAAACGC